UAGCACUAGAGCACGGUUUUACUUGACCCCAAUCCGCAAAUUAGGGUUUCCAAUUCGUCCGCCUUCCCCAAUUCCUUCAUCAAUUUCUCAAUCUUUUCCAAUUCCGCUCAGCAAUGAUGAAUCGACACCCAAAGCACGAAGAAAACAGAGAGAAAUUCAACGGCUCGAGAUCGAAUAGCAUGAAGAAGAAGAAAAACAUGAGGAGGAUGGGCGGGCAAGGGCUUUCACUCGAGGCCUUCGCGAACGCCAAAUCGAACAGCAGCUACUUCAACCCAGCUUUGAUUAAGAAGCAGAAAGAAUUCUACAAGAAUUCCAAGUAUGUGAACAAGUAUAAGAAGUCACUGAAGCAACAGCAGAGCAAUCCUCCAUUGGCGAUAAGGCGCUUCAAGGAGGAGAUUGAAACCAAAGAUGGUAAAAAGGAGCGCGAGGCGGAGUAUGUUAGUAAGAAGGAGAACGAGAACGAGACUGAAUGUGGUAGUGAAAUGGAGAACGGAACUGGAGAUGAUAGUAGAGAGGAGAAUGAAACUGGAGGUGGUAGUAAGAUGAGUAAGAACAACAAGAAGAAAAACAAGUAUGGUGCUCGUAGUAUAUUGAAAGUGUAUGAGAUGAAACAUGAAGAUGAAGAGAAGGCAAGAAUGGAGAGGGAGGCGAUUAUUCAGGCGAAGAAGGAAGAGCGAGAAAAGGCGGAAGCACGAAGGAAGUCUGCUAGAGAGAAGAUGCUUAAGAAAACGCGUAAAGGUCAGCCUGUUAUGAAGUACAGAAUACAGCAUCUUCUGGAGACUAUUCAAGGUUCUUCAAAGCAAACGUAGUUCGCGAAGAUUCAGAGUUCGUUUUGAUAUUUCGAUAGUUGUAAUGUUGUUGAUUGAAUUACAACUCAACUAAGCUUGGUAGGAGCAGUUCCAGUUCCUGGAGCAAUGUAAAAACAAUUUUGAUACCGUUAGGGCAGCGAAUCGGUUCUCUACAUAUUGUUGUUCGAAUAGUUCUUUUCAUCAUUUGCUAUGAACGUUUAAUUACUUA